UACAACCCCUGACCAAAGGCAAGAUAUCGACGUGACGUCGCCACGGGUGGAGGAUAUCGACAUGACGUCGCCAUGGGAAACUCUAUAGAAUUGCCACAUAAAGAGGAUAAGGUGAGCCAAGUAGCCAGCUGCACAAAAAGAAGCAGCUAAUCCUCUCUGUCAACAUGCACUACGCAUCACUGUCAACUGCAGUAAUCCCAUCUCCACGAAGAAAGGUCCACAAAAACUACCCAUCUUGAGUUCUUGAUCUUAUCCUCUUCCCUCCAGCAAAGAAACAAGAGAACCCAUCGGCCAUCGCCAUCUGCAAAGUAGUAUAAACAACAAACGAAAUCGAUAUACUGUGAAGGCAGGUGAACUGCGAAGUAGCUCGCAGAAAGCAGGAGGUUCUUCAGGUAAAAUUUGGAAGGGAGAUGGAAGGGAAAAGCAGCCAUCUGCCGGAGAUAACCAUCGUCCCGGCGCCUAGGCCGGUGCCGGGCUUCGGCGCUGUCGACGUGGCGAAGGCGGCGAGCAGGGAGCCCAUCAGCCCGGGCUCGCCGUCCACGGUGGCCACCGCCGACCGAGGCAAAGAGAGCCGUGCCACUGCCGCGGGCGCCGACGCCCUGCCCGGGUGGAAGCUCGACGCCCUAUGCCAGGACUCCGGCUCGUGGCCGGCCAUGAGGGUGCGCUUCCCCUACUUCUGAGAACGGCAUCGUCGGUGCGCGGGCUGUAUAUUGUAUACUUUUAGAUUUUUACCUAGUAAACACUGUGUGAGUACGCCUAUAUAUUUACGAGUUGUACUGGUAUUUUAAAAAAUGAAGAACAUACCAGUCGUAAUUUAGUUGUUUGCGUACUCGAAAAAUGAAGAAAGUUUAUCGAUC